GACUUGAAUGCAGUGUUGGAACGCCUUAUAAACAAUUUGAACGGAGAAGUGAAGGAUAUUAUAAAUCAAUCCAAUUUAGCAAAACUUAUAGCAAUCUAUACAACUAUUAUGCAAACGCAACAAAAACAAAAGCACUGCUCAUUACCGCCAGCCGUCAUUCCAAACGCUUCCAAUACCGCAGACCUCGUCCAAGAAGUGAUCCUAUUAUUGCAGGAAGAAGCUUUGAAUAGCGAAGCGGCGGAACUCUUAGAGAUAUUAACCCGUUUUGAAUUGGAGGGCCUUUGCUAUGCAUACGACCACAUCGCCCAGUCAUCCAACGCCGGCAUUACACACCUCUCACCCAAUCAAGACAUCACCGUCGACAAAAGCGAUGUCGAGAUAUUGGAUGAAGUAAUCGAUGACUCGAGCGUUAAAGUGGUUCGCAUCGAGAAGUCUUCGUGUGAGCCGUUGGGGGCGACCGUCCGUAACGAACAGGACGGCAGUGUCAUCAUUGGCCGCAUCGUCAAAGGCGGCGCCGCCGAGAAGUCGGGUUUAUUACAUGAAAACGACGAGAUUUUAGAAGUGAAUGGAAUUGAAAUGAAAGGCAGAAAUGUUAACCAAGUCUGCGAUCUUCUCGCGGAAAUGACUGGAACCCUAACGUUUGUGAUUGCGAUUCGGGAUAACGUGAAAGACUGUGAGCCAAACACACAACAAAUGAUUCAUUUAAAAGCGCUCUUCGAUUACGAUCCCGACGAAGACCUAUACAUUCCGUGCAGAGAACUGGGGAUAUGUUUCUCGAAAGGUGAUAUUUUACAUGUCAUCGAUCAGAAUGACAUGAAUUGGUGGCAGGCGUACAGAGAGGGCGAACACGACCAGUCCCUCGCAGGACUCAUUCCCUCCAUUCACUUCCAGAUACAGAGAGAGACAAUGAAACAGUCGAUAUUGAAUGAUAGCACAAACAUAUCUACAAUUAAUAGUAAGAACAGACACAACAAGAAGACCAGUGCGUCGGCUCUUCUGCUGAAUUGCGGCAAAAAGUCGACGCAUCGCAAGAAAAAGAGUUUGAUGUCAACCACUGAUGAAAUACUCAGCUAUGAAGAGGUCUCGCUUUACUAUCCCAGGGCUAACAUUAAGCGUCCGAUUGUAUUGAUUGGACCCACGAAUAUAGGUCGACACGAGCUCAGGCAGCGUCUAAUGCACGACACCGAUAGGUUUGCGGCAGCCGUUCCCCACACAUCCAGGUCUAGGAGGGAGGGAGAGAUCGAUGGAAUAGAUUACCACUUCAUUAGUCGACAACAGUUUGAACAAGACAUCAAAGACUGCCGCUUUGUAGAGCACGGAGAGUACGAACGCAACUAUUAUGGCACCUCUCUGUCAGCCAUCGAAACGGUGGUCCAGUCCGGGAAGAUAUGUGUUCUUAACCUUCACGUCCAUUCCAUACCAUUGCUCAGACAGGGACAGGCGGGGGCUAAACUGAAGCCAUACUUCGUGUUCGUGACGCCUCCGCCACAGAUCGAGAAACUCAAUCGACUGAUGACAAUGACGGCCAGUAAUCCUCAACAGCAUUACGACACCAAUAGCUCGACCGCCACAGACCUCCAGUCCAUUAUAGAUGAGGCGCGCGAUAUAGAGGCCCGAUAUGGCCACUACUUUGACAUGAUUUUGUCGAUCACUGAUAUAGAGAGAGCUUAUCAGGAGUUGCUUCGAGAGAUCAAUGCAUUGGAGAGAGAGCCCCAAUGGAUACCUUCCCUAUGGUUGAGGUAGUUUUGGGACAACUCUAUGACAUUUAGUAUUAUGAACACAUUUUUUGUAAAAAUUCUUAACCAAUUGUUUACACAAAUUCUAUAAUUCAUUUGUUAAUACAUUAAUCUAUUUCUAUUUGUUUAAUGAAUUCAUCGCUUAAUUUAAAUCAAUUCCUAACGUAUUGUAUAUUUAAUACAAGAAAACUAAAGAAAGUUUAUUUAAAUAAAGACAAUAUUUUCCAUAAAAUUAA